GUAGCUUCAACACUUGUCAAGGCGCACGAGACGCACAAAACUAAACCGAGCUCGAAACAACAUUUUUCCUGAGCCGCUGACCACGCGGCCACACAACCAGCGCGUCACAGAGACGCGGUUUACAAGGAAUUGUCGCGCCCGACACAGGAGGCGCGUCUACAGUUUUGCAUGGCCUUUCGUCUGGCGCUGGAGAAAGCCGGACUCGUUCCCGAUGCUGACGCCCUGGAUGAGCUCGACGACCAAGGUCAUGGUCUAUGCUCUGGCCCCUUCUUCGGUGUACCCCCCUCAAGCGAUGAAGUUUCAAAGCUGCGACCUACAGAAGCUGCAUGUGCGCCCACUUCGUCGGGGGACCUGGAUGCCAUGCAAACGCCAGGUCGGUCUGGCAGCCGCAAGCGGCUUGCGCCGAGCGCGCUUGGUGCAUUGGGGGCGGACUCCGUCACGGCGCCUGACAACGCAGCGCUAAAACCGCACACACAGACGCCGGGCGGCCUGACACCUUGCGACGCGGCGGGUGAUAGCAGGAGGGGCGGGCCGCACAGCAGCAGACCUGAGCCCGGACAGGCCGGCGGAGUCAGCGGCGGCGCCACGGCGCCAGGCAGCCGCACCGGCGGUGCUCCCGGCAGCGCGCGCGAUGGCGCCUCCGGCGGCGCGGCGGGGCCGGGCAACGGCAGCAGCCGGGACGGGAGCGGCGGCGCCGCUGCGCAGGGCCGGGAGGCGCAGCAGGAGCCGGAGGACGAGGAUUGUGGUGUGGAGGACGGCCGGCCGCAGCAGCGGCUGCGCGCCUACUGCGGCGCGAGCACGCUGGCAGCCGGCCCCGCGCCAUUGGAACCAGCGGCCGGAGCCGGCACCGAGGCUGGACCGGCUUGGGCUGCCAAGGACAGCGGCGGCGCAGCAUUGCCUGCAGCGACCUUCGCCGACAAGCGAUCUGGGUCGGAGCAGGGCCUGGGCGCCACCUCCUCGGGGCCGCUGAAGGCGCUGCUGUUGCAGCUCUUUAGCGAGCAGCGACACGAGUUGGAUCAGCAACAGGGAGAUGAGCAGGAGCAGGCGCAGGGGGACCAGGGACACAAGCCGUCGGCUGUGCAUUUGGGCCACCCGCACAAGCAGAGCCACGCGCACGAGCGGGCACAGCCCCACCCGCCGCACCAGCCCCACCAGCCGGCGCACCACUACCGCCAGCAGCAGCCACAGCCGUGCGCUGCGCAGGCCGCAGCGGCGGGGCUGGAGGGCGGCGCUUGGGAUCCUGACGCACUGGCAGCGGCUGCCGCCCUGCACGCGCUGCUGGCGCCGCCGGCGCUGCAUGGCCACCCGCAGCAGCACCCGCAGCAGCACCAAGAGCUGCAGCAGCGGGAGCACGCCGGCGAGGGUCUGGGGUGGCUGCUCAACAACAGCGCCCCUCGGCACGAGGCGCAACCCGGCGAGGUGCCGGUGUUGGCGCCGGACGUGGGUGCGGUGCAGCUGCAGCAGCAGGCAGAAGAGCUUGACCUGCACGCUCACGCGCACCCGCACGCGCACUUGUUCGCCCCGCACCCGUACCUGGUGCUGCAGCGCCCCGCGGUCACGGCCACGGCCACCGCGGCGCCCACCGCCACCGCCACCACCGCGGCCUCCAUGUACGGCGGCCUGUACAGCAGCGGCCGCGCGCACAUCAGCAGCGGCGGCACCGCGCCCUACAGCGAGCUGCUGUCGGGGCCGGGCUUCAGUUAUGGCGCCACCGAGGCCGGUGAGUUCGUGCAGGCCGACGACGCCAUCCUGCUAGACAGCGACAACGAGGCCGAGGAGGCGGCGGGCGAGGGAGUCGGCAGCGUCGGGGUCGGGCCGGCAGCGAGCGGCGAAGGCGCAGCGGCUGACGGCAGCGGCGGCGCUGGUUCUGGAGCAGGGGGCCGCCGUCAUGGAGGGUACAUGAUCGACGAGAUGCUGGAUGCGGAGGCCGUGGUGGCGGAGGCUCGAGGGCCGCAGGCGCGGGAGGUGGGGGCACAGGCGAUCGAAUCGGCGCCGGUGGAGGGCGUGGGCUCCGUGCCGGCAAGCGGGCCGGGUGACGCGCACAUCUGGAGCGCGGGCACGGCCGGCAGCGGCAGCGGCGGCCGGGCUGAGGACGCGGGCGGCGCCGGGAUGGCGGCAUUCCUCGCCGCGUCAGGCAUGCCGCAACCGGCCAAGGCUGGCGGCGCCCGGCCGGUGCAGCGGAUGCCCAGCUGGCUGCCCCCGGCCGCGUUUGAGACGCCGCAGGAGCAAGGGGAGGGAGAGGAGCAGGAGCAGGAGCCGCCGGAGGGCCCGCAGGUGCCGCCAGCGCCGGGUCAUGUGGAAGCAACAGCGACUGCAACGCAGCACGGCGCGAGGGUGCCAGCCACAGCACCCUUCCACGCCGGUACCGCUGCGGCUGCGCAUGGGGGCACAUGUAGGGGCCAUACGUUACAGCCAAUGCCCAAGGAGGAGGGGGGAAACGAGGAGGGGGCCGCUGGCGCUGUGCGUUUGCUGCGGACCGGCAGCAGCGAUACGGUGCUCGUCGACCCAGAUGCGGCGCAGCCUGCGGCGCGGCACGGGGCCGCGGCCGCGGCCAAUGCCUCGGGCGGUACCCGCUCGAGUGGCGGUGGCAGCGACGAUGACAUCAGCGAGUAUACGGACACUGGAGACCUCAGCACCGAGGCCCCGAACCGGCUCCACAGCUAUGUGAUGGAGUCGGUGGGAAGCGCCCCGGGCGGCGGGGCUGACGCGGCGGCACGGGUGGUGUCGGCGCUGCUCGGCCCAGCGGGCGUGGCGGCUGCGCACCAGCAGCACCAGCAGCCGCAGCAGCAGCCGCAGCAGCAGCAACAGCGUGCAGAGCCGGUGGUGUCAGGCGACGGCGGCACCAGAUAUGUUGCGGAGACAGACCCGGCUGCCGCAGUGGCGGCGGGUGCAGCGACGAUGGCUUCCGGGCAGGGCGAGUGCUUUGUAACAGAUAACGAUGCGCGGAAGUGCGGUGCCAUGGCGCCGCAGGGCGCCGCCGCUGUGGAUGAUGCAGCUGAGGCGGAGGCCACGGAGGCUGGGAAUGACGGCGCGGGUCCCAUGGCGAUAGGCAGCGGCCCCGGUGGCUCCUAUGCGGCUUUAGUGAUGCAGCAGCGCCAGCAGCAGCUGCAGCAACACCAACAGCAGGUAUUGUUGCGGGAGCCGCGCCUCAGCAUGGAGGUGGAGAUGGCUGAGCCGCCGCCGGCUGUGGAGCUCCAGGCCCAAAUGCCAAGCGGCUGCCACGCAGCGGCGAUGGGGCACGGGCUCGGCUCCACUGCCGGCGCCGCAAUGGCGAUGGCGGCGGCGGUGGAGGCCGCUGCGGCGGCGGCCACGGCGAGGGCCGCUGCCGCUGCGGCGAGCGAGGCCGCGGCCGCGGCUGCGGCUGCGGCGGUGGCGCAGGGGGCGAUGGGCCACAGUGCGCUGCUUGCUGGACUGGGCCUGCAGCUGCCGGCUGCAGGGGCGUUCGGCCUGGAUGCGUACCCCGCCGCUGCCGUCGGCCUUGGGGCUGGAGAUGCAGGGGGCGUGAUGGGCCUGGCACCUCUUCAAGCACCGGCGGGGCCCGGGGCUGUGGAGAUGGCUGCGGGGUUUGCGGCCGCCGCCGGCGCCGAGCCAUUGGAUUCGAGCGGUGUACCACUGCUGCCGCGCAUCAGGAGCGACGCACGCUCACCGGUCGCUGUGCAGCAGCCCUCCGCAGCCGCCGGCGGUGUGCUGGCGGCGGCGGCAGCACCCGCGGGUCCCGGGCUCCAGUCAGGGCUGACGUACGCGGACGCGCCGCCGCCUCAGCUGCUGGCGCCGGACGUGUACAUGGGCUUUGUGGGGCAGCUGAUUGCGUCCGUGCACAGCGCGACGCGCGCCGCUGCGACAGCCGCCUUCCGGCACUCAGGGCCCGGUCUCGGCGGCAGCAAUGCCGCGAUUGUGGCGGCCGCCGCCGCCGCCGCGCAAGCGGCGUACCGGCACGGCCACCCGACCGUCGCCGGCGCCACCGCGUGCUAUGGAAACACUGCCGGCGCGCACGGCGGCGCCGGCGCCGCACCGCACUACUUGCAGCAGCACCAGCACCAGGCGGCAAUGCCGCUGCAACAGCAACAGCAGCAACCGCAGCUGGACACCUACGGCCUAGGCAUGGACUGGGCCGCGCUGGCUGGCCUUGCCCAGGUGGGGGGACUUGGUGCAGCACUGGGCGGACCUGGAGGCGUUGGGAGCGGCGCCGGCGGUGGCGGUGGCGGUGGUGGCGAUGGCUCGCUGCUCGGGCUGCAGCAGCAGCAGCAGCAGCCGAUAUUGGUGCCGCAGCCCCCGCCGCAGCUUGCGCAGCUGCUGCCGUUUGCGUACUUCGCACCGCAGUUCCAGUCGCCGCUUCCACCGAUGCAGCUGCCGCCGUGGACGCCGUUCAGCGUUGGUGUGUGCAAUGCCGCCGGCGCUGCUGGCGCCUUUGAAGGCAUGGGUGGUGGUUUGCAGCAGGAGAUCCAUGCAGAGCGUGCUGCGGGAAUGGCUGGCAUUGCGACGAUGGAUGCAAGGGCAGGUCCGCAUCCGGCAACGCUGCAAGUGCAAGGGCAGGCAUACGCGAAAUCGCUUGGUGAGGCUGCGACGGGCCCUGCCGCCGCCGCAGCAGCUGUCGCUGCUACUGGCGACACAGCCGUUGCCGUGGGCAAUCCUGCUGCUGGUUUCGCCGGCAGCUGGCCACCAUUCCAGGCCGCUGCUGCCGGGGCCGGUGGCAUGAUGAGCGGCAGCGGAUUCGCCUUUCCGCAACAGCCCCACAUCACGUACCAGCCGCCACACCCAUGGCGUGCACCGGGCAUGUAAGGGCAACCCGACGGACUCAGCUUGCAGGAGCGCUGGAUAGUGGUGGUACCGUAUGAGAUAGAUUCAAUCGCGAGGUCAAGACAUGAUAGUUAAUAACUCCCUCAUCACCAAAAACUGCAGACACAGGCACCACACCAGCAACUGAGAUUCUAGGUGCAACAUUGUGUAGGUCCACACUGUUGCAGUACCAUUAUUGCGUGGCUGCAACCAAUGAGACUUAAGUCGUCACUGUGUUCAACUGCUUACCGCUAAGAGCGAUUGAAUAAAGUUGAUAGGUGACAAGUUCCAGAUCCGACUGGGUUUGUGAUGUGGCAUAGCUUGUAAUGUGGAUGUCUGAUUGCCUGGAGAGCUUGCGUUCCUUUGCGGCGCAAAAGGGUUUGGAUGUUUGCAGGUUGUGCUGGGAAUGUAUCUUGUGUACCGGUUUCCGUGCCACCCUGCAACGUGCACGGAGAUGAGGGGUGCGUCUUUUAUGGCUGUAGAACAGAGUGAUGGGGAAGGCUAAUGUGCCCCCGAUUCUUUUUGUGUAGCCGUGCCCGUUUUGUCGCUGGGCGCACACAAUAAAGUUUGCUGCUGCACACCACGAGUAAAGAUCAGCAGUGAAGACGCCAGAUGGCUUGAGCACUGCAGCUCAAUAAAGCAUGCGGGCGUGUGGCGGGCUAGGGACACGCGCAGUGUGCAAUCGAGCGCAACAACUGCUCAGUUUUUGUUAAGAUGGGGAGCUCAGACCUUUGAUUGUGUGGAGGGACAGCGUAACAACGAUUGGCGCGGUUGGCUGCCUGUUCACAAAGUAGUACCCUGUACAUGCUCAAUCACGAUAUGAGCAGUGCUGCUGCGACGAGCGUAAUAUGCCAGCUCGCGGGUAAGGGCGGGGCCAUUUGGGACUCAUGGCUUCUAUCGCCCAAGCGCGCUACUGAGUUAGUAAGGAUCAGUGCCUUUCUCGUCAGAUUGGAUCGGUCUGUAGGCGCACGAACCGGCCGUGCUGAGAUUUCAGCGUGGCACUAGUAUCGCGGCGAGAGCGCUGCGCGGCGAGGCUAGGUGCAUGGUGCGCGGCUGUAGAGGCUGCAGUGGAGAUGGGUGUGGGUGGAGUGCUGGGGUCGUGUGAGAGGCCAGGCCGAGCCCCGUGGUUUGCUGAGGGUCUGAUGCUCAGCGGCUGCGCUGUCGUAGCACGCAGGAGCAGGCCGUGUGCCCAACGCGUUUGCGGCUCAGCAGCUAUUAUGCUUGGGCCCCAAACGCGGAAGGCGGACGUGCGGCCUGUCAUCGCAAUUCGGGUGGCUGUGGGUUGACAGCUUCAGUAGCGAGGAACAGCAGCCCUGUACGGUAUGCACAGGACCUGCAAGGUAUGAGAAAAGCGCGCCCCAGUCCACUGCUGCGUCUGGCUUUAUUUAUUUUGCGAGUUACCAGCAAUGGCGGGCGGUGGGAGGCGAACGUGCACCCAUGGCCACUUAUGGUAUGUAGCGCCGGUCAUGAAGAGCGGCUAAUGACUUGUAAUGUUUAACAGCA